UGUAGCGGAGUGAGCUCACCAUAUGCGCUGCCAGGCUGCAAUGAGCCACUGUAACGUCCACACGAAGAAUAUAGCCCCUCACAUCUCCAGACCAAGCAAGCCUGAAGACGGAUGAGUUGAUUUGAGACCGGAGCGGGAUUUCUAGAGAAACAUUUUGGUGCAGGGGACCCAGAGGAUACUACUCUACUGCUGCUGGCAUUCCCACCCUCAGCUUUUGCACAAAGAAGCGCGUCCGGUUGGAUGUAAGCUGCAGUCCACUUCAGUUCAACUGCAUUGCUACAACUGUGAGAAUGAAUCCAUCAUGAAACUGUGCGCCGACUGCUUUUCUCAUGAACACUUUCUUGAUCAACCAGUGCAAUCCGGAGGAUUUACAGACUUAUAUCCACAAGUGGAGCGCCUUUUUUGCCUCUCAGCUACAGAUUUCACUUCACUACUACAAUGAGACAACGUGGUGGGCUAAGUAAAGGAAAUGUUGCCUGUAGAAGUGCAGUGAGAAAGCAGUAGUACAGUGACUUCCAGAGGACACCUGCAGACGAGUGAAUGCCGUCUCCGAUGUGGAGCUUGUCGCUGUCCGACGCGCGAGUGGUGCUGAAAUUUGGAUGAUGCCUGGCCAGCGACUGCAAGGCUGCCGCUCCCUGCACUUGAACGAGGACAACGGCCGCUUCGUGCUGCUCGCCAUCCUAAUCGUACUGUACCUGCUGUGCGGCGCUGCGGUCUUCUCUGCCAUAGAAAGGCCCUCGGAGCUGCGGGCUCACGGCCGCUGGAACGGGACGCUCCUCAACUUCAGUGAGACCUUCAACAUCAGCCUGCAGGACCUCAACUCCUUCCUGCGGGAGUACGAGGCUGCCAUCGCCGCCGGGAUCCGGGCUGAUGCUCUGAGGCCACGAUGGGAUUUUACAGGGGCUUUUUAUUUUGUUGGAACUGUGGUGUCGACUAUAGGUUUUGGGAUGACAACACCUGUGACAAUUGCAGGCAAAGUGUUCCUGAUCUUCUAUGGGCUCCUGGGUUGCGCUGCCACCAUCCUCUUCUUUAACCUCUUCCUGGAGCGCAUCAUCACACUGCUGGCUGUGGUGAUGAAGGCUGUGAGGGAACGACGAAUUAGGAACAGUGGUCUACUACCGCCAGGCAUCCGCCAUGACUUCUCAGCCUACAGUGUCCCAGGCUGGAAGCCCUCUGUGUACCACGUGAUGCUGAUUCUCGGCCUAUCAGCCAUCACCAUCUCCUGUUGUGCAUCAGCCAUGUACACCCCUGUGGAGGGUUGGGCGUACUUAGACUCGCUCUACUUCUGCUUUGUAACCUUCAGUACCAUUGGCUUUGGGGACUUUGUCAGCAGCCAGAGCGCGGCUUACGAAUAUCAAACCCUCUACAGGGUGGCCAACUUCCUCUUCAUGCUAAUGGGCGUCUGCUGCAUCUAUUCACUCUUCAAUGUCAUCUCGAUUGUCAUCAAGCAGGUGCUCAAUUGGAUGCUGGAGAAAAUGAGCUGCUUGUUUUGCCAGCGUUGCAAUAAGGCCAACACCUUCCUGGGAAGACGCAAUGCCAUCCGCCCAGGCACCAAGGGUCGCCAAGGUCAGUUUGGCCAGCUGCCCAACUCAGAUGGACCUUGUGAUAGUGACACUGAGGGACGCAGACUAUCAGGGGAAAUGAUCUCUAUGAAAGACCUGGCAGCCUCCAACAAGGUGUCACUGGCCAUCAUGCAGAAGCAGCUGUCUGAGUCGGCCAAUGGAUAUCCCAGGACAGUUUGUGGCAGCUCUCGCCACAAUGGUUUCUCUGGGGGGGUUGGUGCCCUCGGUAUCAUGAACAACAGGCUGGCAGAGACAAGUAAUUCCAGGUAG